AUGAGGGCUAAGCGCUCAAAGAAGUAUCGCAAGCUCAUGCACCAAUAUGAGCUGGCUUUUGGUUUCCGCGAGCCAUAUCAAGUUCUGGUCGACUCGAAUCUACUUCGCGCAGUACAUUCGUUCAAGAUGGAUUUGUUACCGGCGCUUGAACGGACAUUACAAGGUCAAGUCAAGCCAUUAUUAACCAAAUGCUCACUGGCCGAGAUAAUGAAAAAUCAACCCACAAACCCACGAACAAACAAUCAAGUCCGUCCUGACUUCCUCCCACCGCCCACAACCCUCCCCCUCCGCCACUGCUCCCACAACGAAGACUCUACGCCGAUCGACGAAGCAAGCUGCCUCCUAUCUCUCCUCUCCCCUCUAGCCGACGUGAAACGAAACAAAGAACAUUACAUCCUUGCGACUUCAGACCCGCCAACGCCGAAAGAGUCCAAUUCCGGACAAGAAGCGGGGAAGAAGCGGAAGCGGGACCCCGCUGCGGAAGAGGGGUUUCAGGCGAUCAGACGUGCGCAGGCGCUAAGACGUGGUGCGCGUUCAAUCCCGGGCGUGCCGAUUGUCUAUGUCAAGCGGUCAGUUAUGAUUUUGGAGCCGAUGAGUUCGCCGUCCGAGGGGGUGCGCGAGGGGGUUGAGCAGGAUAAGUUCCGGGUCGGAUUGAAUAAGGAUGCGGGUAAGAAGACGGAAGGGGAGAGAAAGAAGAAGAAAGAAGUCAAGAAGAAAGAGCCAAAUCCGUUGAGUGUGAGAAAGCCGAAGAAGAGGACUGACGAUGACCCUGGGGCGAAGCGGAAGGAUGUCAGUCGUGGUGAAGCUCGGGAUCAGAAAAGAGAUGAGCCUGAGAAAGCAACGGAGGACGGAGAUGCUGCACCCAAGGCGAAGAGGAGACGGCGGCAUCAUAAGAGUGCGAAGCCGGCGGAAGGCGGCGAUGAGGCCGCUCCGGUUGACGUUUCAGAAGACUAG